UUCCAAUUUCCUCUGUUUCAAUUUCAACACUUUGCUUUAUAGUACCUUAAUUUGUCCUUCCUUCAUGGCUUCCCAACUUGGAGCAAGAACCAAUGGAAUUUCACCAAACAAUUUUCAGAUUGAGAUUCCUAUCCAUGCAAAUAGUACUACUAUAAUAGAUAAAAAACAGAACCAAAGUGUUGAUGAAAAUGAGAGUAACAACAUUGAUUACUCUCAAAGGGCACAAUGGCUUAGAGCAGCCAUGUUAGGAGCCAAUGAUGGCUUAAUCACUGUUGCCUCAUUGAUGAUUGGUAUUGGAGCUAUAAAAGAAGACAUAAGUGUAAUGAUCCUUGCUGGUUUCGCCGGUUUAGUAGCCGGUGCUUGUAGCAUGGCUAUUGGUGAGUUUGUUUCUGUUUAUACUCAAUAUGACAUUGAGAUGGCUCAAAUUAAAAGAGAAAGAGAAUUAGCAAAUAAUAAUAAUAAUGAUGAAGAAGAAAGUAGUGGAAAUGAGAAAUUGCCAAAUCCAUUUCAAGCAGCAAUAGCAUCAGCACUUGCAUUUUCUGUUGGUGCUUUAAUGCCAUUGCUAGCAGCUGCAUUUAUAAAGAACCAUAAGGUUAGAAUGGGUGUAGUUGCUGCUGUGGUGAGCUUUGCAUUGUUGGUGUUUGGAUCAGUGGGAGCAUUGAUCGGAAAAACUCCGGUUAUGAAGUCUUGUGUUAGAGUUCUUAUUGGUGGUUGGAUGGCUAUGGCUAUUACUUUUGGUGUAACCAAAUUGAUUGGCACUACUGGAAUUUGACUUCAGUUAAUGUAACAAAUGUUAGUACUUGCCCAACCACCAAGUCACCUUAUCACUCCCUAAUAAGUCUCCUUAAUACGUCUGUUAUUAAUAUUAGUAUUGUUUUGUAUUUCUCUACUAAGAUUAAUUUGUGUUGUGUGGCUACUUUGUGCUAGCUAUAUAUAUUAUUUCCACAGUUUUUAUAUGUUGUCUUUAUCUCUUCAUGUUUGUUGUUUUACUAUUCUAGUCAGGGAAUCAGAUCUUCUCACAUGAUGCAUGCAUCAAAUAUUUGUAAAAAAGUGCUACCGCGCGAAAUGGCAUGUUGUGCAAGUUAAAAAAGUUAUUACAUCAUUGCACCUUUGAGAGAUGAUCCGAGUCCUUGAACAAGGUAAAAUGUUUAGAA